UUUUCUUUUUCCUAUCCAUUAAUGGAAAAAAUAGAUAAGGAUUUAAAGGCUAAAGCCCAACCUUUCCAUUUCUGAUGAAUAGCAAGCAGUAGGCUUUUCUCUUGUACUCAUUUUCAUUUAGUUCACUUCUGAAAAAUUUCCCCAGAAAGCUUUAUCUCUUUAAAAAAAAAAAAAAAGGUGAAGAUACAGAUGCAGCACUUAUUUUAGUGCAGAUUGUACUUCGAUUUUCGCCACUAUGACUCCUGUGAUCCUGUGUUCUAUUAGCAAUGCUACACUUAUUCUCGGUGCUGCCUGUUCGGUAAGGAAGAACACUAGUUUAACGAGAUGCAGUUCCUCAAGGAGACACACAAGAUAUGCUCUACCCUCACAUAGUUUUAUCCUACCUUUGUCAACCAGCGUUACAUCAUUUCCGCAAUACAGAACAGGGUAUUCUUUGAAUGGAAAACCAGGAACCUGUAUAUCUGCAACUGGGACUGAUGUACCAGUGGAGCAAUCUGAUUCUCCCGUAGAUGCAGUUGAAACAAGUAGUGAAAAAUCAGAUUCUAAUGAUGCACCAAUACAGUCCAAACGAACGAGAUCUGUAAGGAAAAGUGAGAUGCCGCCUGUUAAGGACGAGGAGCUUAUUCCUGGUGCAAUGUUUACCGGGAAAGUAAGAUCAAUCCAACCAUUUGGUGCUUUUGUUGAUUUCGGGGCUUUCACGGAUGGACUGGUGCAUGUUUCUAGGCUAAGCGAUAGCUUUGUUAAGGAUGUUGCGAGUGUUGUUUCAGUUGGACAAGAGGUAAAGGUGAGGUUAGUUGAAGUAAACACCGAGAGUGGGAGGAUAUCGCUUUUGCGUGAAAAUGAUGAUGCUAGUAAACGGCAGCCACAAAAAGACGGUCCUUCCGGGACUGACAGGGCCAGGCCAGCUAGGAAGAAUGCUUCAAGGCCUGGCCAGAAAAAGGAGCCGAUGAGAAGCUCGAAAUUUGUCAAGGGACAAGACCUUGGCGGAACGGUUAAGAAUUUAACUCGGUCAGGUGCUUUCAUAUCACUUCCCGAGGGGGAAGAAGGAUUCUUGCCUACAUCGGAAGAAUCCGAUGAUGGAAUUAUGAGCAUGAUGGGAGGGCCAUCAUUGCAGGUUGGCCAAGAAGUCAAAGUCCGUGUGUUGCGCAUCACACGGGGACAAGUAACCUUGACGAUGAAGAAAGAAGAGGACAAUGAUAACUUGGACUCGCAGCUCAGCCAAGGUGUGGUGUACACUGCAACGAAUCCCUUCAUGCUAGCUUUCCAUAAUAACAAGGAGAUUGCUGCGUUUUUGGAUCAGAGAGAAAAGCCGGAGAAAAUUGAGGUUCAAACGGUCGCUGGUGCUACUGCAGCAGGUGAACUGGUUGAAAAGGAAACGGAUACAGUUGCCAAUAUCGCAAACAAGGAGGAAACCAUAGAUAAGGAAACAGAGGAGAGUUCUGAAGUUUCAUCUCCUGAUAGUAGCGCAGAAGUUCCACUAGUAGAUGUGGUGGAAAGCGAUGAAACUUUGGGAUCAUCCGGAGAAAUAGUCGAUCAAGUUACGACUUCAGAAAGUUCAGUUGUUGGUGAAGAUUCCGAUGCAAAGGAUGAAGUACAAGUAGAAACACUCGUGACGGAGGAUAAAAUCCCAUCUGCCACAUCAGUUCAAGAUGAUGAAGUUGGAGCUAUUCCCAAGGAAAAUGGAAGUGUUGGCAGCACGUAUGUACAACCCGAUGUUCCUGAUUUGAAGGAUGUCGUAGGUAGAUAUCCACGACACUGCUAGCAAACUAAUAUUAGGAAAAUUUCAUUCAGCAUGUUCGUAACACUGCACCAAAAUGAUGACAGGAAACUGAACAUCUGUGAUUCUGCAUAUAAUAAACAAAGGCAUUAAUAUUAUCUAAA